CCGCGGUGUAUUUGAUAUUGGUUGUUGAGCUGAGCACUUCUCUCUCAUGUAACCUGUAGCCAUGGCGAUAAGACAGGGAGAACAACCAUUUCGUCAAUAUUUCUCACCAUUUUCGCCCAUUUACACUCUUCUCUCUCCCUUUUUUCUCCUUUUUUUGCAAUUUUUAUUUUAUUUUUUAUUUUUUUCCAGAGGUAUGCUGUGUUGUGUCAUCCUACCUGUUCUCUGUCUUCAAUUUCUCUAUUAUUGAACUUGAAAAUCCCAUGUUCUUCAUAUUAUUGUUCUUCUCAUCAUUGCCCGAAUUUUCAUAUGGAAACAAAUGGAUUAGAUUCUUAUAGAUAGUAAUAAUUCCUUUUUCUCUUAAUUUACAUUGAUUUGUUUGAUUUAUCUAUACUUGAAUGAAUCCAGAUUGUGGGUUUUCAUUAGAUUGUAAUUAAUACUACUAAAUUAGGAGAUCAAUUAAUAAUUUAGGGUAAUUUUAUAUUGGGUGUUAUUAUAUAAUGCAUUAAUUGAUAAUGAAGUGCAUUAUUAUGUUUAUUGAUAUAUGAAUAUGAAUAAUUGUUGUUCGUUAAAAAACUUGUUUCUGUUACAGGAGUUUUGUAGCGGCUUCUUCAUCAACCAAAUUUCUUAUAACGCAUCAGGGUUGUCCUCCUCUUUUGCUGUUCCUCCUGGAUCAUUCUCCUUCUUAACACCAUGGCUGAUACUCCGGUAAACUACCGAGCUGUAGACAUGGAUAACUUAGAUGAUGAGAAAAAGAAUGCUGCUGCGGGUUCUUUUAAAAAGAAGGCAAUGAGUGCUUCUAACAAGUUUAAGAGCUCAUUUUCAAGGAGAAGGAGGAGCAGCAAGGUCAUGUCUGUCGAUUUUAUAGAUGUUCACGAUGCUGAGGAAGCACAAUCUGUUGAUUCUCUCCGCCAAACUCUUGUAUCGGAAGAUAUGUUGCCUCCAAUGUUUGAUGAUUAUCAUAUGAUGCUCAGAUUUCUGAAGGCAAGGAAAUUUGAUAUUGAGAAGACAAAACAAAUGUGGAGUGACAUGCUUCAGUGGAGGAAGGAAUUUGGUGCUGACACUAUCAUGGAGGAUUUCGAGUUCAAUGAAGUCAAUGAAGUCCUGGAGCAUUAUCCUCAAGGACAUCAUGGAGUCGAUAAGGAUGGCCAACCUGUGUACAUCGAGCUUCUCGGCAAAGUAGAUGCUACCAAGCUGAUGCAAGCCACAACCAUUGACAGAUAUGUCAAGUAUCAUGUCAGGGAAUUUGAAAGGACCUUUGCAGUAAAGUUUACGUCUUGCUCAAUCGCUGCCAAGAAGCACAUAGAUCAAAGUACUACCAUAUUGGAUGUGUCUGGAGUGGGGCUGAAACAAUUCAACAAAGCUGCCAGAGACCUGAUUGGUCGUCUUCAGAAAAUCGAUGGCGACAAUUAUCCAGAGACUCUAAAUCGCAUGUUCAUCAUAAAUGCUGGUUCUGGAUUUAGACUUCUGUGGAAUACUGUAAAGAGUUUUCUUGACCCAAAGACUACGGCAAAGAUAACAGUUCUUGGCAAUAAAUACCAAAGCAAAUUACUUGAAAUAAUAGAACCAAGUGAGCUACCUGAUUUUUUAGGAGGCACCUGCACUUGCACUGAUAAAGGAGGUUGUAUGCGUUCUGACAAGGGGCCGUGGAAAGACCCAGAAAUACUGCAGAAGGUGCAAAAUGGCAGAGCAACAUGUAAACAAGUUGGAAGCUACCACCAGUGUGAAGAGAAGACAAUAGCAGAGGUAGUGCUGAAUAAUGAGGCAGCCCCAAAAUUGAUUGUUGAACAUCAGCUCCCUCCCAUUAGUGAAGAUGAUUUUAGUAAGGCAGUAAGCCCUAAUAGUUUAGUGGCUGUGGCGGCUGCUAAACCUGCAAUAGAUAAUGCUUGGCAUAAGAUGGGUAAUAAUGAAAGAUAUGCUCUUGUUAAAGCAGCUGAUUGCUACAGCAUGAACAACGGUUUUAAGCCACCAGAAGGAAUCAGCAAUCAGAUAGUGGCUGGUUUGAUGGCUUUUAUUAUGGGCAUAGUCACUAUGGUGAGAUUGACUCGCAACAUGCCCAAGAAGAUGACAGACGCUAAUCUCUAUUCCGACAUGUACUGCUACGAUUCAAUUGCUAAAAGUCCUGGCCAUGAGUUGGCUGUCCCAAGUAUCUCCAACGAUGCAUUCAUGACAGUUAUGAAACGAAUGGCAGCCAUGGAAGAAAAACUCCUCGCAAUGGCUGUGAAACCCGAUGCUAUCACUGAGAAAGAGGAGAUGCUCCAGGUUGCUUCCAAUCGUGUUGAUGCCCUCGAGCACGAGCUUGCAGCGACUAAGAAGGCGUUGGAAGAUGCCCUGUCAAAGCAAGAGGAGCUCUUAGCUUUCAUGGAGAAGAAAAAGAAGAAGAAGAAGCUCUUUGCGUGGUGAAAGAACGAAGACGCUUUAACUAAAAAGCACUGUUCUGGGACCCUUUUGCCUUUGAAAUCUCAAUCAAGAUAACACCGAAGAUUGUUUUAUAUUUCUUUAGUAUCAUAUUUAUUUCUUCCGUUUCCAAGUGUUUGUCUCAUUGCACCAGGGGCGGAUCCAAAGUCAUUCAAUUAUAUUAACUAACAACAUUCAACUUAAAUACAAAAUCAUAUAUAUAUAUAUAUAUAUAUAUAUAUAUAAUAUAUAUAUAUAUAUAUAUAUAUAUAUAUAUAUACACACACACGUUGGUAGAAGAUUUGCUAUGUGAAUGUAUUGACUUGAGUUGAACCCUCUUUAAGCAUAUUGUUUAAAAAUAUUAUUGACAUUAUUUAUUAUUGUAGAUCCGCCCCAGCAUGUAGAUGAAUUCUGAAGUAAAUUCUUAAAAGGAGUUUCACACUUUCUGUGUAGAAUUAGACUGAAAAAUGGAAAUGCAGUCACAGAGGGUUCCCCCUGAUAAUUUUGUGUAAUUAGUGUGACUUAAGCUAUUUCCUCUUUUUCUCACUUCUUACUUCCUUCUCUUUUGUCUUUCUAAACCAUUUUUGUGUUGCUCU